AUGUUGGCUUAUAUUCUCAUGAGUAUUCAUAGUGGAAUACAUGGAAAUACUGAAAUGUCCACUAUAAAGAUCUGUGUUUCUGUAUACAGUGCUGCUGUUGAGAAAUGCAUAGCAAACUCAAGAAUCGUAGAUCUCUUGGGAGACUCUGUCAAGAGUUAUGGAGAAGAAAGCCGGCGUGGACGCAGGCAGCAUAUCAGUCAUCUUCCAUAUGAAGUAAAUGGUGCUAAGGGACUAAGAAUCAAAUUUUAUUUACAAGGUCAGCGCCGAACAGCAACUGCUCACCUCGAUGCUCGGGAAACAUCAUCAGGUUGGGAGUUCCGAUAUCUGUUUGUACAGCUUGAUGCUUAUCCAUACGAAGUCAUUGUUAUUGAUGACAAUCGAGGAAAAGCAUCUGAGUCCAGUGCUUUGUUUCCCAGCCAAGCAGAUAUUCCAACAUUGUCUCCAGAGAGUAAUAGCGGCAUUGGGCUUCCCACGCCUAUUUUCCCUUCAAAGUGAAAUCUAUUAACACAGUUGUUGUGUUAAAGGAUUACUUUAUAUUGUAUAUAAUUACUUUCUGUGUUGAAGCCUAACUGUUUGAAAUCCUUUUAAUGAUGUUAAGUAAAAUCUAAU